AUGCUCUACGACGUCGCGUGGAUACACCAUUUACCAGGGGACAAUGGACACCAGGCAAAGCCUUCACUCAAGUCAGAGUAUAAAAGGGAGUGCAACUCCCCAUGUUCAACGGAAGUUACUUCACUCAUGGACCGACCACUACAAAUUCGAACCCCGCUCGCGUCUCUCCCUGUGGAAUUAUUCUUGCUCAUCGCCUCUUUCGCCAAUGUUGUCCACCCAUAUGGUAUUACAGUCUUCGAGGUCAUGCGACUCGCGCAAGUGAGCCGGAGAUUCUACAACGUACUCUAUGCUGCACCCACCUUCUGGACUCUUGUCGCCUUUUCCGUUCAAAGCUCCUUCGACGUCGAUCCAUUGUUGAACGGAAUGUCCCGCGCCAUCGAGAACUCUGUCGACCUCCCGCUUCAUCUGUCACUCGAAAUCGAUACGCUACUUGGAGAGACUGGCCUCAGCCAAAUCCUUCGUCAUAUCUUCUUGUCGGGCAGCAGGUGGCAAGAAAUGUUACUGGAAUUCCGCGAGAAUUGGGCCCCAGCUUGGCACGUUCAACGCUGGUUUACCGAACUCUGGAUUCUGACAGAAGCUAGUGGCGGAAUCUCGCCUUUCAUAAACUUGCAGGAAUUGGCCAUAUCCCUGGACAGCACAAUGGCGUGGGGCUCGCAUGGUCAAGUCUACAAUGCCACCUUUUGGUUUCUCCAUCAACUUUUCCCCAACCUCCGAACUCUGCAUUUGCAUGACUUGGAAUUCCAGCUAUUCUAUCGCCUACCUGCCCAGUUGGCAAUUCCAACGUUGGAGGUGUUCCAUUUGACUUCUGCACGUCUUCGCGACGUGCCUUUUCUUAUUGUAAGGGACAUUCUUGCUCACUCUCCCCGAUUGACAGAACUUGUGCUCUACGUCGGCCACAUCGUGACCACUUACAUGGACGUCGUGGCCAUGAGAACAGUUACAAAUACUCAGCCACAUACUUCUCUAAGGCGACUGUUUCUCUCUCAGAGCUUGGAGUUCAUGGCUCAUCAGCUUCGGGCACUCAACUGUCCCUCUCUGUCGUAUCUCGACUUGGAUCAUUAUCCGCAUGCGAGCCCCCAGCUCGGAGGAACUACCGAUCUGGUCGAAGCCAUACUCACAAUGGUGAGCCAGUCUGGGUGCGAAUUGGAAACGUUGAUAUUGGGCUGCCCAGAUCUGUCCAACGAAGACUUUGUCCGCCUGUUUUUGGGCCUCCCUCAUCUAAAGCACAUCGAUAUUUUCCUACGCGACGUUGGAGGAGUCAACGACAACCUUUUUGCGACGCUUUUGCAACGAUCGGCUAAUGACUCUGUCUUGCCACGAUUGGAGCGGUUAAAGGUUACAACACAUAGUCACACUUACACCUUCCCGACUCAAGCUUUUGUCGCCUUCGUUAACGAUCCUCAAAGGUCUGGCAACGGACCGUUCUCCCAUCUCAAAUUGGCGUCCUUGUCUUUUGGAUCUAACAACGUGGCUUAUCAACUGUUUUAG